AUGUGCUGUAGUCAGUCAAACCAUGAUCCAUCAGACCUACAACAGAAGUAUGACUCCUCCCAUCACACCAAGUUCACCACUAACUCCUCAGUGUCUGCAAACCUAGUCCCCCUCACCAUCGUCAAAGGCGCUGGCCACGAGUUCAUCCCCCUUCCCCAGGGAGAGAACGCCACCACUGCCGACUUUCACUCGAUCCGAACCAAGACGACCGAUUCUCCCACCCACCUGACCUCGGGCUUCUACAAGAUUGUCGCUGGCAAGGCACGACCUGCUCACUAUAACUUUGAGGAGACCAAGUACAUCCUGAGCGGUCAGAUUGACAUUCUGGACGAGGCCACUGGCAUCACCCACCACCUUGUCCCUGGUGACUUUGCCUUUUUCCACGUCGGCUCCAAGGUCCAGUUCUCCACCAAGUCCGAGGGCCUUGCCUUUUACGCCGUCACUCGACCCGUCCGAACUCCCCACCCCAACCUGCAGGGUCGCGAGGAGAGCACCAAGUCCCGCCUGUAA